UUAGUUAAAUGAUCUUAUUUUCUUACAUGAUGUAGGGAUUAGUUGAUGGGAAAUAUGGAUCGUCUUGACAAUCUAACUCCAUGCAAAAAAGCAAGAUCAAGACGAUCAAUGAUUUUGAAAGAAAAUCGUUCUAAACGUCUGAAAUUUAGUACUCACCCAACGAUUGAUUUCGAGACCAUGCAUAAUUCUCCAACAUGCUUGACACUGAGACAACCAUUCUCCGACUUGACUCCGUCAUUUCAAAACACUAAUUUUCAAUCACAACCUCCCACUGAGGGUUCAAAACCGAGCCAAUCAAGACAUGCUUUUAAAAGAAAUAGAAGGUGCAGCCAGAUAGACUCAUUAGGAACAAAUUUAUUAUCAAAUUUUUCGUCAAAGGCUAUUGUUAUUUCAAAUGAUCCGCCUUCUCAAUCAACCUUGGAAAAUAUACAAGAGCAUUCGGCUUAUCAGCAUAACAUAAUCAGUGAGCUUGGAAGUUCUUCUAAUACACCGACAUCAUGGGCAACUAACAAACCUGGUCGGGGUAGGCCUAGAACAAAGAUGGGAGUUCCAAAUCUAGCUUUGAACUUGAGCAGAAAGUUUCCUAUCGUUAACAAUAUAAUUGGGACAGCCACGUCUAAAGGGACAACAGAAUCAAACUCACAAACAAGACCAUCAGUCAACAAACCAGUCAGGGGGCGGCCUAGAAAAAUCUUGGGAGUUCCUAACCUGAGAGCAGGCCUGGAUACACAUACACUACCAACUUCAGCUGCAACACAGUCGUGCAGUACAAAUUGUCCGUCUUCUUCCGUAACUCAACCGCAACCAACAGUCACCAAAACAGGUAGGGGCCGGCCAAGAAAACAGUUGGGAGUUCCUAACCUGGCGUUCAACUUGAGCAGACAGUUUCCGGUCCAGAUCAAUGAACAUCAAACAGGGCUUUCUAAAGGCACACCCGAUUCAACUUCACAAAAUAGGUACAUGAUUUUAGAAUAUAAAUGA